AACAUGAUCGUGUGAACCAACGGCCAAAAAAUGGCGGCUCUACUCGGUAUCGUCUCUCCUGUGACUUUCACCGGAAAGCACCCGGUAAAUUCCCGAUCGCGACGGAGAACGGUAGUAAAAUGCUCGAACGAACGCCGGAUUCUCUUCAACCGCAUUGCUCCAGUUUACGAUAAUGUUUGACAUCAAUCUCUUCUCUCUCUCUUAUCUCCUUUCCUCUAACUUGUCCCGACUACAAAAAUCAUCGUCUUCUUAUAUGCUUUUGUAGUUGAAUGAUCUCUUAAGCUUAGGCCAGCAUCGAAUUUGGAAAAACAUGGCUGUCUCAUGGAGUGGGUAAGAGUAUUACAUCUCAGUCUAUGUUCUGUGUUUUGAUUAUCUCUAUUUUCUGAUUUUGGUUUGUUUUGAUUUGACAAUUAGAGCAAAAAAAGGAGAUUACGUUCUUGAUUUGUGUUGUGGAAGUGGUGAUUUAGCGUUUCUCUUAUCUGAGAAAGUUGGUUCAACUGGCAAGGUUUAUGUUCUUAGAAAUGUGUAGCUUGGCUUGAUUGUAAAAUUGUUGUUCUGAUAACUUGGUAAUAUUAUUAUAGGUGAUGGGCUUGGAUUUCUCAUCUGAACAACUAGCUGUUGCAGCAACUAGACAGAGUCUUAAAGCAAGGUCUUGUUACAAGUGUAUAGAGUGGAUUGAAGGUGAUGCUAUUGAUUUGCCAUUUGAUGAUUGUGAAUUCGAUGCGGUUACGAUGGGUUAUGGUCUUCGAAACGUUGUUGAUAGACUUAGAGCUAUGAAGGAGAUGUAUCGGGUUUUGAAACCAGGUUCAAGAGUAUCUAUACUUGAUUUCAAUAAGAGCAACCAAUCCGUUACUACGUUUAUGCAGGGCUGGAUGAUUGACAAUGUAGUUGUCCCUGUGGCUACUGUUUAUGAUCUUGCAAAGGAGUAUGAAUAUCUCAAGUAUUCAAUCAAUGGCUAUCUAACAGGAGAAGAGCUAGAGACUCUUGCUCUAGAAGCUGGCUUCUCAAGUGCCUGCCAUUAUGAGAUAAGCGGUGGUUUCAUGGGGAAUUUGGUCGCUAUGAGGUAAAGGAAUAGCGCGUUUGACUACACUUCUACACCAGAUAUAUUGACACAAUCUUUAUCUGGAUUUUUAUAAGAAAAGAGAAACGCUUUGCGUUAGGAUGAUGCAGAUAAUGUAGAGGAAUUCAUUUUUAUCUGUAUAACUUACUUGUUUGAUCAAACUGUCAAUGUAAUCUGUUUCUGAUCCCAACGAUGAUCAUGAAUCUUUCUCCUAGUUUAAGCAUUUUGCCGCUGUUUAUACCU